ACACACACACACACACACACACUAUUCAGUCAGGUCUUUGCAUCCGUACAGGGAGGAGGCGCCUACAGCCUCUUGCCAAGGAGUUAUGAUGAGUGUGUUGUGGAUAGGCGCCCUCUUGCUGGUGGUGGUGAGUGGGCGUGUAACCUUUGCCCAUGUUACAACGCCCAUUGUUGAUGGCGGUGUCGUAGGAGAAGAAGGAGGUACAGAUGGCGAAGAAGAGGGAGGAGGAGAGGAGAGAAUGGCUCGUUGGAGAAGCUUGAAGGAGCAGCUGUUAUCUCUCAAGGGCGACCCCGACCUCGAGGACGACUCCCCGCACACCAGGCAUCCGAGGACGCUCUUCUCCGCAGGGUACACAGGAUGCUCGUGCUCAGACUUGGCCGCCCUCGCUGCCCAGAUCUCCCUGUUCGAGGAGGAGGUGAAGAGCAUUGGAGAGAUGGAAAACAAACUUUCUAUCAUCUCCACAGCCAUCAAGCAACUCGGCAUAUGGGUCGACGCAGGUAUCAGAGGUCCUCAGGGGCAUGAGGGCAUCCCCGGAACCCAAGGACCACCAGGGCUCCCAGGGGACGAUGGCGAUGAGGGCCCUACUACCAUCAGGACCCGACAGGGGAUCCCAGGGCCUCCUGGACAUCCUGGGCCUUCUGGCGUUCGCGGACCGAAGGGCAAUACGGGCGACUGCAUCAAGGGCAACAAGGGCACGCAGGGCAAGAGGGGCAACCCUGGGGUAGGCUUCCAGGGUCUGAGGGGUCUGCCAGGGCCUUCAGGUUUGGUAGGUAACCCAGCCCCUGACCUUAAGACCCUCCGAUCUGCUGCCCAAGCCAAGAGGACCCAGUAACAGCCCCCUCCCCCAGGUUCCUCCUCCAUUCUCCCCCUGGCCCCCCCUCCCCGCCCCCCUUCCCCCUCCUCGCCCUACCACGGCACAUCUGACCAAUGCGAAGUAUGUGUCACAAUCCACGUGUACUCGGGCAAGGCUUUAACCCAUCCUACGGUUACCGAACCUAACCUAAGAGAACAUUUACCAAACUAAACCUUAACUUAACCCAACUCAUCCAAAGGUCACUUAAUUUUACCUAAAUUCCCCUAAUGUGACGUCAUGAUGAUCGAACACCAAUCAGGGCACGUAUUACCCGAGUCCACGUAGAUUCUCCUAAUUCUUGGUGAUGGCGUGCAAGGGUUAAUUAAGGAUUGUGGGAAGGGGAGGAGGAAGAAGAGGAGGAGGUGGUGGUGGUGGUGGAGGAAGAAGAGGAGGUGGUGGUGGAAGAAGAUGAGGUACACCAUUGUUUUACCUGUACAGUAGAUUGCCGUAGUACAUAGCUUUAUUACCUCUGUACACGAAGCUUAUUGUACUUAAAUAUGUACAUUAAGCUUGCUCUUCUUGCCACUGUACACUAAGCUUAUAAUGAAGUACACUGAAGUAUGUAGAA